AUGUGGGAAAAUCGUCGUCACUUGUCAGUGCACGCCCACCUCGAACAACCCUCGUUUCCCACACGAAAAGUGUUAAAACACAAUGAGCCCCUAUACACAAUCACAAUUGUUGCAGAUCUGGAGAUCCUCUCAUCUCCAGAAGCGGAUUGUCCAUGCUAA